AUGGCAGACUGGGACGACAGGCUGCCAAGGGUCCGCGGCCGCUAUGCGUUCGACGUCGACCUCUCCCGGACGGUCUGGUUCCGUGCCGGCGGCCGCGCCGAUGUCGUGUUCCGGCCGGCUGAUAUCGACGACCUCGCGCACUUCCUCGCCGCCCGCCCCGCCGAUGUGCCGGUAACCGUGGUCGGCCUCGGCUCGAAUCUUCUGGUGCGCGACGGCGGCGUCGAGGGCGUCGUCGUCCGUCUGCGGCAGGGAUUUCGCGAUGUGCGCGUGCGUUGGGAUGUCGGCGCCGGCGCUCUCGACAUGAACGUGGCUCGCUAUUGCCGCGAUCAAGGGGUCGACGGCCUGGCCUUUCUCAGCGGCAUUCCCGGCACCAUCGGCGGCGCGCUCCGCAUGAAUGCGGGCGCCUACGGCUACGAGAUGGCCGAUGUUCUCGUCGAGGCGCGUGCGCUUGACGGCGACGGCACCAUGCACGUGCUCGCGCCGGAUGCGAUGGGCCUCUCCUACCGCCAUUCGGACGUGCCGGACGACUGGAUACUCGUUUCGGCGGUACUCGCCGGGCGUCGUGGAGACCCCGCUGCGAUCGCCCGUCAUAUGGAAGAGAUCAACAUCGCGCGGGAAGCGAGUCAGCCGAUCCGCGCCCGCACCGGCGGCAGCACCUUCACCAACCCCGAAGGCAACAAGGCGUGGGAGCUGAUCGACGAGGCCGGCUGCCGCGGCCUCGCCCGGGGCGGAGCCCAGAUUUCGGAGCAGCACUGCAACUUCAUCGUCAAUGCCGGCGGCGCUACGGCCUCGGACAUCGAGGGGCUCGGCGAGGAGGUUCGCCGCCGCGUCGAGCAGAAAACCGGCCUCUCGCUCAGGUGGGAGAUCCGCCGGAUCGGCCGACACGGCUGCUGGCCCGAGGGCACAGGGGAGGGCGAGGCAUGA